AUGGCUCCCAGCACAGCCAAGCGGAGUGCUCCCAAGGACGACGACUUCGUCCUCACACUAUCCGACGACGAGGAUAUUCCCCGAUUCGACGACGAAGAUGAUGAGCUUGCCGACGAGGCCCCGGCUGUCGACUCGAAAAAGCGCAAGCGUGAGGCCGAAACUUCCAAGGACAAGAACAAGAAGCAAAAGCAGCAAGCCAAGAAUGUGAAGGGCAAGAAGGGCAAGGCCCAGCCCGUGGUCGAGGAGUCUGAAGAAGAGGAGGAAGAGGAGGACGAUGUCCCCGGUGCUGAUGACGAUGCUUUGAACCCCGAUUUCGAGUUCGAUGUGGGUGGUGUGGCCAAUCGUGGUGUCACCGAGGGCUUCGACGGUUGGGGUCUGGAGGAUUCCAAGCAAAACGGCGGCGGUGACAAGAAGGCCGUGGACAUCGACGACAUUAUUACUCGCAGAAGGGAAAAGAAGGAAGCUGCGGACAAGAAGAAGCAGAAGAAGCAAGCCGAGAAGGAGGAGAGUGCCAGCGAGUCGGAUGAGGAGGAUGGCGGUAUGGAGGUGGACUUUGAGGAUGACGAGCUCGUCGCAGAGGAUGCGUUCGGCAUGGGCGCUGACGGCGAGGAUGAGAGCGAGGCCGAGGGCCCUGAAGUUGGCUCCGGACCAGAGGACAGCGAAGAGGAAGACGAGGACGAGCAAGACGACGAUGACGAUGCUGCAUCCGACAACGACUCCGUUGCUACUCCCGUUGGCCACCCCGACGAUAUUGGCUCUGACCAAGAAUCCGACGUUGAGAGCGAGGUAGAUGCAGAGGAGGCCGAGAAGCGCAAAGCCUUCUUCGCUCCCGAAGAGAAGGUCGACGACAAGGCCGCCAUGGCGAACAGCACAUUCCAGGACUUCAACCUUUCUCGUCCAAUUCUGCGUGGAUUGGCCUCUGUUGGAUUCACCGAUCCCACUCCCAUUCAGCGCAAAACUAUCCCCGUCGCUCUUCUCGGCAAAGAUGUCGUCGGUAGUGCCGUUACUGGUUCCGGAAAGACUGGUGCUUUCAUCGUGCCUAUUCUCGAACGUCUUCUCUUCCGUCCUCGCAAGACUCCUACAAGCCGUGUCGCUAUCCUAAUGCCCACCCGUGAAUUGGCGGUUCAGUGUUACAAUGUCGCCGUUAAGCUGGCCACCUUCACUGACGUUACCUUCUGUCAGCUGAUUGGUGGUUUCAGUCUGCGCGAGCAAGAGAAUGUGCUUAAGAAGCGCCCUGACGUGAUUAUCGCUACACCCGGUCGUUUUAUCGAUCACAUGCGCAACUCGCCCAGCUUCACCGUGGAUACCCUGGAGAUUUUGGUUCUCGAUGAAGCCGAUCGUAUGCUGGAGGAUGGUUUCGCCGACGAAUUGAACGAGAUUUUGACUACGAUUCCCAAGUCCCGCCAGACCAUGCUGUUCUCUGCUACAAUGACCGAUACCGUCGACAAGCUGAUUCGCGUUGGUCUCAACCGCCCCGUCCGUCUCAUGGUGGACGCAAAGAAGAAGACUGCCGUCACACUGACCCAAGAGUUUGUUCGUCUACGACCCGGUCGCGAGGACAAGCGUUUGGGAUACCUGUUGUAUCUUUGCAAGGAGAUCUACACCGGGCGAGUUAUCAUUUUCUUCCGACAGAAGAAGGAGGCGCAUCGCGUUCGCGUUAUUUUCGGACUGUUGGGCUUGAAGGCUGCAGAGCUGCACGGUAGUCUGAGCCAGGAACAGCGUAUCAAAUCCGUUGAGAACUUCCGUGACGGCAAGGUCGCCUUCCUACUCGCUACAGAUGUCGCCUCCCGUGGUCUUGAUAUCAAGGGUGUGGAGACCGUUAUCAACUACGAAGCGCCCCAGAGCCACGAGAUUUACCUGCAUCGUGUCGGUCGUACUGCCCGUGCUGGUCGAUCCGGUUGUGCCUGCACGAUCGCUGCCGAGCCCGACCGCAAGGUUGUCAAAUCCGCCGUGAAGGCCGGUAAGGCUCAGGGUGCCAAGAUAGUCAGCCGUGUGGUCGAGAUGGCCAUUGCCGACGAGUGGGCGCAAAAGGCCGAGGAUCUCGCCGACGAGGUGCAAGAAGUUCUACAAGAAGAGAAGACCGAGAAGCAAUUGGCGCAGGCCGAGAUGCAGGUCAACAAGGGCGAGAACCUGAUGAAGUAUGGCAAUGAAAUUAUGAGCCGCCCCAAGCGGACGUGGUUCGAGACGGAGACGCAGAAACGGGCUGCUCGCAAGUUGGGCCGGACUGAAUUGAACGGGCCGGACUCGAACUCGAAGAAGGAUAAGAUCAAGUUGAGCAACAAGGAUAAGAAGCGGCUGGACGAUGCGAAGAUGAGACAUGAGGGGAAUAUCGGGUGGAAAAAGGGCAGGUCGGAGCGAGAUGCUCCGAAGACGAAAGGCGACAAGAAGAAGAAGGGGAAGAAAUAA